UCUCAUCCAACACACAGUUACUUAUAAUUUUCUUUCUCUUAAUUUCCCCCACUUUCUAGCAACUUUCUUUCUUUCAACCGUUCCGUAUUAUACAAUUGGGAAAUUGAGAAAAUCUUAGCUGAGCAGAGCAGCAACAAUGGUGAAAUCACCAGAGGAGCAGCACCCAGUGGAGGCCUUCGGAUGGGCAGCCAGAGACUCGACUGGGGUUCUUGCACCCUUCAAAUUCUCCCGAAGGCAAACCGGAGAGAAGGACGUGAAUUUAAAGGUUUUGUUCUGUGGCAUUUGCCAUUCCGACCUCCACCAGGUCAAAAAUGACUGGGGCCUCACCAUCUAUCCUUGCCUCCCUGGGCAUGAGAUUGUGGGUGUGGUGACGGAGGUUGGAAGUAAGGUCCAGAAAUUCAAGGCCGGGGACAAAGUUGGGGUUGGCUGCUUGGUUGGAUCAUGUCGCUCUUGUGAUAAUUGUGCUAACCAUCUCGAAAACUAUUGUCCCCAAAUGAAAUUAACCUACAAUUCCAUCUACUACGACGGAACCCAUACAUUUGGAGGCUAUUCUAACAUCAUGGUGGUUGAUGAGCACUUUGUUGUCCGCAUUCCAGAAAACCUUCCACUUGAUGCUUGCGCUCCAUUGCUCUGUGCCGGAAUCACUACUUACAGCCCGCUUAGAUACUAUGGACUCGACAAGCCCGGCAUGCAUGUGGGCGUGGUUGGCCUUGGUGGCUUGGGCCAUGUCGCAGUGAAAUUCGCCAAGGCCCUGGGGGUUAAAGUUACUGUGAUCAGCACCUCCCCAGCCAAGAAGCAAGAAGCAACUAAACACCUUGGUGCUGAUUCAUUUUUGGUUAGCCGCGACCAAGAUCAGAUGCAGGCUGCCAUGGGCACAAUGGAUGGAAUCAUUGAUACAGUUUCUGCACCUCACUCUCUCGUACCACUAAUUAGUCUCUUGAAGACGCAAGGAAAGCUGGUCAUGGUUGGUGCACCGGAGAAGCCACUUGAGCUUCCAGUUUUCCCUCUAAUCAUGGGGAGAAAGAUAGUAGGAGGGAGUCACAUAGGAGGCAUGAAGGAGACGCAAGAAAUGAUAGACCUCGCAGGAAAACACAACAUAACAGCAGAUAUUGAGGUCGUUCCAAUGGAAUACGUGAACACAGCAAUGGAACGCCUUCGAAAAGCUGAUGUUCGAUAUCGGUUUGUUAUAGACAUAGCCAACACGUUGAAAGAUGCUUAGGCUUCCUGCCUAAUGAAUUUUGCUUCUUUGACUGCGUCUUGUCGUUGGGCGGUUCAAGGAUAAUUUGUUUUACAGUCUAUUUUGUGUUAAGAUCGAUUGCUGAGGCAUGGUCUCUCGCUACGUACUAUUCAAAUUUGUACCACCACAUCUUAUAUAUUGAGACGCUAAUAACAUUUGAGUUGUUUCUUCUGUAA